AUAGGUCCAGAUUAAAAACCCGCCUUCUUCAAAAUUCACUCAACACACCAGAAACCCAUAAACCCUAGCGAGCUUCCACCAAUGGCGAUCGACCACUCCACCAUCUGCGAAAACGGGAAGCCUCUCACGCUCAGCUUAAACAACCACAAUCAAUUCUUUGUGUGGAGGGAGUUCUUAUGGGGGGCGAUUGCGGGCGCUUUUGGGGAAGGAAUGAUGCAUCCUGUUGACACAAUUAAGACACGCAUGCAAAGCCAAGCUAUUUUCAGCGGAAGCAAGAAUCAAAAUAGUGCAAUGCAAAUGGUCCGAGCCGUUUGGGCUAUGGAUGGUUUGGCUGGCUUGUACAGGGGAAUUGCACCAGGAGUAAUGGGAUCUCUUGCUACUGGAGCUACUUACUUUGGAGUCAUCGAGUCCACAAAGAAUUGGAUGGAAGAAUCAUAUCCUGGUGUUGGCGGUCACUGGGCACAUUUCAUAGCUGGAGCAAUAGGGGAUACACUUGGCUCUUUUAUAUACGUUCCUUGUGAAGUGAUGAAGCAACGCAUGCAAGUUCAGGGCUCUAAGAAGUACUGGACUUCUGUUUUGGUAAAAGAAGCUUCUCAGGCAAAACAUGGUAUGCCCACUUAUGGCUACUAUCCUGGAAUGUUUCAAGCUGGAUGUUCAAUAUGGAAGGAACAAGGGUUAAAGGGACUAUAUGCAGGAUAUUGGUCCACACUUGCACGAGAUGUUCCAUUUGCUGGACUUAUGGUUACUUUCUAUGAAGCUUUUAAGACCAUGUCAGAAUAUGGGAGACGUAGAAUUUUCCCCAAUUCAGACUUCCAUACUAAUAGUACUUUUGAGGGGCUUGUAUUAGGAGGACUAGCUGGUGGUUUGAGUGCAUAUCUCACUACUCCGCUGGACGUUAUUAAAACCAGAUUGCAAGUACAAGGGACCACCAUUAGGUAUACGGGAUGGUUGGAUACUGUUUAUAAGGUAUGGCAUGCUGAAGGAGUUAAAGGGAUGUUCAGAGGUAGUGUCCCCAGAAUUGCAUGGUAUAUACCGGCAUCAGCUCUCACUUUCAUGGCCGUAGAAUUUCUUAGGGAUCAUCACAGAUUAACUAGUAUAUCAAUAGACAAAAAAAAUACUUCAUUGCAAGAGGCUUCCUGAAGCGCUGAUCCUACAUUCUAUUCAAUAAAUCCAUCAAUGUUCAGUAUGCGAAAUUAAGGGCGCUAGAAAUAUGUAUAUACACAGGAAACAGAGGGUUUUUUUUUUAAUGUCCAUGUAACAAACUGUUACAUCAAUCUGCUGAUACUGCAAAUCAGUCUUCUAGUUGAAUUUUCAGUAACAACUAGCAUUGCAGGUAAAAGAAUGUCUCAUUCUAUUC